AUGCGCGAGCUCGUUGCUAUCGAUACUUCAGUCACGUCCAACCGGGUUAGACUGGUCUUCUCCGACCGGGCCGUGGCUGCCGCCUAUGCGGCCUACCUUCGGGCACUCGAUCUGCUUCCGCCUCAGCGACGGCACCCUCAACUCGUCAACUACCAGCGCAUGCCCGAGUUUCGUGCUCCUACCAAGGAGGUCACUUUUUGCCUGCCCGAGUUCAUCAGCUGGUUCAUCACCUGCCGCCUGCCCGACGACGAAGACACCGUCACUUUCGGCGUCAACCCUCCCCACGAAGCCGUCGCCGCUUACUGGGCCGAUUCUAUGGUUCUCUUUGAGGAAGUUGUCUCUCCAGAUUCCUCACCACCUCCCCCUUCCGACACCUCUCUCGCCUCUCCUUCCAGCAGGAGAAAUCGCCGCGGUGCAUCCCGCGACCGCAGUUACUGCCACAACCAAGAAGAACAGCUCCACGUCCGCCGCCUCUGGAACAAGACCCGUCUCCUGCGCCGUCUCGAAGAACUCCGUCGCCGUGUCACUGCCCCCGUGACGGCUCCUGCCUCGGGCCAGACCACGCCUGUCAAUAACCGCAGCCGUGUCACCAGUCCUGUGUGGAAUGGUAGCGGAUAUGUGCUGAUCAACAGCGGCGGGAAGAGUGCUGGUGGUAGCGGCAAGGGGAGUCCUGCGUCGACGGGUGCUGUUUCGACUAGUCAUCAUGGACAUCAUCAUCAUCAGAGUGUGAUUGGUGGGGUGUCGGGACGGGUGCCGGUUCCUGUGCCGCUUACCGUUCCCGCCGGGAGGAUGAGGGGCGGGGAUAUUUGGUGGUGA